AUGAACGUCACAAAGAUCAGAGGCGAUAAACUACAAGAUGAUGUGUUUUUUGUCACAAAUGGUAAGAAAAGGAAAAAAAGAUGUGAAGAUAAAAGUUACAAGUUGUUGGAAAAUAAAAUAUCGUGGGUAUAAGUAAAUCCCCCUUUAUAACGAUGGCCGCCAGAUUUUGAGGGUAACCUCCCUCUCACGAACAGAGACCGAACACGCCAGUACUUGACCACGCCCUUUUUUGUCGUCCAAAUGCAAUAUAACCCCCAUGCAAGCAUUCUUCACAACAGCCCUGCUAACAAAGUAGGUGUGGUUUCAAUGUUUUGCUGACAAAUUAUUGUCAUUGGGGGGAGUGUAGCAGUCCACCCCCAACCACCCACUACCCCCAGAACCCCCGCCUUUGCUAAUAAGGUAUUGCAUUAAUUUUUGUAGCCAAAUGCCUAGUAACGAAGUCAACAUUUGCAAAGGAGUGCAAAGUACCACCAAAGACGUAUUCGUACGAUUAUUUCAGUGGAAGUGAAAUCCCUUUUGUAAUGACAUUUCUCCUGGUUGGUUUGUUGCCCUUCAGUAAGUGAAAUUAUUCUUAUAAAACGUCUUAAUCAGGUACACAUUUUAACAAUAAACAACAUUGAUGAUCGUUGCAAUAUUAUUCAGAGGUAGACCUCCUGGGGUGGGGGUGCACAGCAAACCCCUAGUGGUGUCCAGCACCCCUUGAAGAAAACUCUGGCAUUCCAUAUUAAGUUUAGAUUUCCAGCUUUUUGAGUUUGAUCGAAUACUCCUUAUUAUAUUGAAAGGAUUGAUUUUCGAGUAAGCAAGAAAAUAUUCAAGUACCAAUACGGCAGGUCACCAUAUAGUGAGGUAUUUAUCUAUUAAUUUUUGCCUCAAAUACAAGUUAUCGUGAGGACAAAUAUAACAAAUAAAUGUAGUGCUCAGAAUGCAGGAAAGGGCAUUUCAGGGCUUCAAAUUUCAAAUAUUUUCUCUCGCAUGGUAAUGCACCCCCUCCCUCUGAAAAAUAGGUGGGGUUUUAAUGUGUUGCUGACAAGUUAUUGUCAUUGGAGAGUGUUAAGCAGAACACCACCCUCCCCCAGCCCACCACUCCGCUCUGCAAAACCAUUCUUACCCGUAGUAAUUCAACCCCCCCCCCCCAUGAAAAACCAUUCUCACCAUGGAUAGUAAAGCACCCCACCUCUGGAAAACCUCCACACCCACUAACAAAUGAAGCCAGAUCCGCCCCUCAUAUUAUUCAACCACUAAUACUCCCAUAACUUUUAUAUAUUUGUGUUUUCCCACAAAGUUCAAUGCAAAUUUUCAUCGUGUUAAUUAUUCAUGUUCAAAAACAACAUAAAUAACAGUCGGAACUUUCGACAACUACGCCUAGUUCUUCCGCAGUCCGAAAUCAUAUAAAGUGCCUACAGUAGUAAAUAUAAUAUAAAAAUAAAUCCGAAUACAAUGCACAAAGUUGUGUACUUAAAUUGUUCAAAACUAUUUGUUCAAAACUAGUUUUGCCAGCUGGGUGCACAAAGUCCAAGCAAGUAAUAAACAAUGAUUGUAUGAUUAAACACCAAUUAAACAAUAUCUUACCAUUUUAUCUAUGUUUUCUUGUAAACAAAACUCCUACUUCUCCCAAAUGUUAAUAUUCCUGAGCCAUGAACAACUGCAAAAUUAACACACAAAAAAUUCGAUCAAAUACAAUUAAGAAAGAAAUUGAGCAAAAAUUUAAAACUUGCACGUUUUUUUGUUUAUGACUGGGCUUUAUAUUAUAUAACACACUGGCACAGAGACACUGGAGUGAGACUGUGAAAUAUAACCAUUGAAAUGAAUUUGAAUGGUUUCACUAUAUGAGAUCUUUAUAAAUCACUGGACUGCGUCAUCAAGUGGUUAAGGAUUCAGCAUAAUGUUACUGUGUAAUUCUUUUCACUGUGGGUAGUAGUCUUGUAUUUGGUGGUCAAUAACUACAAUCAAUAUAUCACUUGGGUAAAGCAAGCUUAUUAUAUUUUGUCUUCAUUUGCAGUCGCCAUUGGAAUCCUCAUGACUCUCGCAAGAAUUCGAAACAGCAAACGCCAAAAACAACUUUCUCACUCACGCAGGAAAAGCGUAAAGAAAAGUGUUGAAAGAGAUGACGAGAGUAGAUUCACAGGUAAUGUUGUAUUUCAACAGUUUAGAACUGUUAAAGCUAUCCAGUGUAUAUCAAGUUAGUUUAGUUUAGUUUAGUUUAGUUUAGUUUAGUUUAGUUUAGUUUAGUUUAGUUUAGUUUAGUUUAGUUUAGUUUAGUUUAGUUUCCUCCUGUAGUCAUACUUGGUCAAUAAGAGAUGACCCUUACUGGAUCUCUAGCGAGAACAGUUUAGAACUGAUAGAACUAUGAUCAGCUAUCCAGUAUAAAUAAAGUUAGUUUAGCUUAGGUUUCCUCCUGUAGUAACACUGGAUCAAUAAGAGAUGAUCCUUACUGGACCUCUAGGAAGAACAGUUUCGAACUGAUAGAACUAUCCAGUACUGAUGAAUAAAGUUAGCUUAGUUUAGGUUUCCUCCUGUAGCUACACUAGCUCAAUAGAGAGGAAACUCAACCGGUAACGGGAAACUUCAAUUUGCAUUUGAAGAUAAGUUCUACAAGUUUCCGAAGGUUUCGACAGGAUUUUAGUCAAUUCAUUCUUCAAUUGCAAUGCACAAAUUAUGAUCUCAAAAUAUGACUUGAAGUUAGCGGUUACCGGUCUGCCGUAAACGCAAUCUUAACCUCUCUAAUAAGAGAUAAUCCUUACUGGGCCUCUAGGGAGAACAGUUUAGAACUGGGUAAAGCUAUACAGUGUAUAUCAAGUUUAACAUCUAUGUUCUUUACUUCAGCGAUUGAAUGGGAGAACAACUCAACUUCUCGCGUGGUCAGUGUGAGGCUGGGUCCGGGAACAUACGUUAGAGUGUUCACGAGCAGAAAUCAAAUCUUACGGAUAAUCAACCUCAAACACAUGAGCUGGGUCACAGUUGUUCGACAGAAUGAUAGAGAGCAGAAUGUCCUGUCUUUGAGAGUACAGCGUGAAUACGAUUUGGUAAAUACCUAAAAUAUGGCUGCUCUCAUACUGAACACCACACACAAAUCAUUAUUGAACAGCGGAAUACUCUGAUACGCAUAUUCUAAUUCUAGUAAUUUUUGUGUCUUUAGGUUCUAACAUUCAACGACGUUGGGGAACGUGAAAAUUUCGUUCGAUGUUUAAAAUCAUUUAUCACACAAGAAUCUCUGCACUUAGAUGUUCAAGAACAUUUUCUGAAAAGCCGGGAACUGUUUGCGACUGCAGUCACACGUGAGGCGAGACAACAACAACUGGAGAAGUUCUUUAGAGCCGCAUUUGCAAGAGUGAGUAAUGAUGAUGAUGAUGGUGAUGAUGAUGGUGAUGAUGGUGAUGAUGGUGGUGAUGGUGAUGAUGGUGGUGAUGGUGGUGAUGGUGAUGAUGGUAAUGAUGGUGGUGAUGGUGGUGAUGAUGGUGGUGAUGGUGGUGAUGAUGGUGGUGAUGGUGGUGAUGGUGGUGGUGGUGGUGGUGGUGGUGGUGGUGGUGGUGAUGAUGGUGAUGGUGAUGAUGAUGAUG